AUGCAGAAAAAUCGACCUUUAAAAGAUUUUACAAGUUCAAACCAGGGUUUGGUCUUAAUUUUGGUAGGCCUAUGGCUAUUUGCAUUAUCCUCAUUUGGACUCACAUUUUUCAGUCUUCAACGGAUAGCAAGUGUUGAAAGUUCAAAACUACCAUUGAAAUUAAAAUAUAUUUGGCCGAAAAAUGUGAAGAAAAUUGUGGAUUAUGUGAUUGAAAAUGAUAUGCAUGUGACAAAUGAUGACAGGGCAGUUUUAAUCAAAACUGAGCUUAUGCGGUUUGAUACGACCGAUGUCUUCUAUAUAAUGGUUUAUGAUAAUAAGGGAGAAACGGAAAGUAAUUCCUUUUAUGGAAAUGCUGAACAAUAUAUAACUUCGUACAAUCCUGGAAAAUGCAAUAUUGUCAUUUACCGUAGUCAUUAUUGGAGAUCAACUUCUAAAAGAGCCAAGAAUAAUAUCGAAAAUGAAGUUAAAAUUAUUUGCGCCGAAGAACUCAAAAAGCAGCCAGAUGGCCUGGAAAAUCUCAUCAAAAAUAUUGAAGACGCUCGUUUUAUAGGAUUAAUUGAAAAAAAUAGAGCAGUUUCAAUUCGAUCGGCCAACAGUUUCGGAAGAGCGCGGGGGCCUGGAUGGUGGAAUAAAUGUUUGGAAGUUUAUCCUGAUACGAAGAAACUAACUGGGAAACAGUUUAUUUUGAUUGUAGGAUUUAAAUAAUCGCGUUUUUCAACCAUAAGAAUUCUUAAUAAAGUUAAAAA